UCCUGUUCUAUGUUCAUUUCCGAGUAUUGAAAACGGCAUCGUUUUAUCUGAGAUUGCACUCACUUUCAAGUUUCAACCCACCGUAGAAGAAGAAUUAUAAGCAAAAAAAAAAAAAGAAGAAAAAACUCCAAUCUGAAAACUGCGAAACCAGAAACUGAAUUAUCAACAUGAUUCAUCUUCAAACAUUGCCUGAACCCUAACUUUUUCCCCACUUCUUCCCAACACUGAUCAAAUUCUGAUCCAUCUCCGAUCCGAUCCGAUCCAGGCUCGGAAUCACUCUCCAAUGUCAGGUGCAGCCUCUGCUCUCUUCCUUCUCGACAUCAAAGGCCGCGUUCUCAUUUGGCGCGAUUACCGUGGUGAUGUCACCGCCGUUGAAGCCGAACGCUUCUUCACCAAGCUCAUCGAGAAAGAGGGUGAUCCACAGUCUCAAGAUCCAGUUGUAUAUGAUAAUGGUGUGAGCUAUAUGUUUGUACAGCAUAGCAAUGUUUACCUCAUGACAGCAACAAGACAAAACUGCAAUGCCGCAAGCCUUAUUUUCUUCCUUCAUCGCAUAGUUGAUGUGUUCAAGCAUUAUUUUGAGGAAUUGGAAGAGGAAUCUCUUAGGGAUAACUUUGUCGUUGUGGUAAAGUGCUUGUGUAUCUAUGAACUUAGUUUUUUAUUUGUUGCAUUAAUUCAUUUGGGUAAAAUGCUGAAUUAUUUCUUUGGUUGGCAGUAUGAACUACUUGAUGAAAUAAUGGACUUUGGUUACCCCCAAUAUACUGAGGCGAAAAUUCUUAGUGAAUUUAUUAAGACAGAUGCUUAUAGAAUGGAAGUUACACAGAGACCUCCCAUGGCUGUAACAAAUGCUGUAUCGUGGCGCAGUGAAGGGAUAAACUACAAGAAAAAUGAGGUUUUCUUGGAUGUGGUGGAGAGUGUUAACAUACUUGUCAAUAGCAAUGGGCAAAUAAUUAGAUCUGAUGUUGUUGGUGCACUGAAGAUGAGAACAUAUUUGAGUGGUAUGCCAGAGUGUAAACUUGGCUUAAAUGAUAGAGUGUUAUUAGAGGCACAAGGUAGAGCGACUAAGGGAAAAGCGAUUGACUUGGAGGACAUCAAGUUUCAUCAGUGUGUGCGAUUAGCCCGAUUUGAGAAUGAUCGAACAAUAUCCUUUAUCCCACCCGAUGGAUCAUUUGAUUUGAUGACAUAUAGGCUCAGCACACAGGUUAAGCCUUUAUUUUGGGUGGAAGCACAAGUUGAAAAGCAUUCAAAAAGUCGGAUUGAGAUUACGGUAAAAGCUAGGAGUCAGUUUAAGGAACGUAGCACUGCUACAAAUGUUGAGAUUGAAUUACCUGUGCCUGCUGAUGCAACCACUCCAAAUGUGCGGACAUCAAUGGGAUCUGCAGCAUAUGCACCUGAGAAAGAUGCAUUAAUUUGGAAAAUAAGAUCUUUUCCUGGAGGCAAGGAGUACAUGUUAAGGGCAGAGUUUCGUCUUCCCAGCAUAACAGACGAGGAAGCAACUCCAGAGAGAAAAGCUCCUAUACGUGUAAAGUUUGAGAUACCUUAUUUUACUGUGUCAGGAAUACAGGUUAGAUAUUUGAAGAUUAUUGAGAAAAGUGGGUAUCAGGCUCUUCCAUGGGUGAGAUACAUAACAACGGGUGGAGAGUAUGAACUAAGGCUUAUUUGAGAUUUGUACCUUCGAUUGGUGUUCAAAAUUUCACCAAAUAACUGUAUCAUUCAAUGAACAAUGACUGAAGCUGGUGGACAGUGGAGGGAGUCUUAAGCGAAUUAAUUAGAAUAUAUUUGGCCAACCACAACAGACUUGAUGUCUUGAAAGUUACUGUCAACUGAAUUCAUGAAUUGAGUGUUGGCCGAAACUGUUACUAUUCCCGUUGGUCAAUUGUGUGUUGAUUUAUAUAUUUUAGACCCCUUUCUUUUUGUAAUCAGAAUGUCCAUCGAUGUCCUAUGAUGUCAAUUUGUAAUUUGGUUUACAUUUUUAAGAGAACUACUGGUUUUGUAUUUGGAAGGAGACCAAUUAUAGGAAGAUAGUUGAUUGUGAUACAGGCCAUCUAUGAAGAAUUAAAUGUUUAACUUGUUAAA